AUGUGCACGAGGUGCAUCUCUGUACGUUUGGUGGCCAGUAUGCUUGAGAAGCCAUCCAUGUGCAGCUGUGUCAUGGACGCAUGUCAUUGCUUGCUUCCAUCUGCCUGGUUUGGCCGACGACUAUUGAAUUCUAAGACUGUGGAGGGCAACAGAAGGGGGGACUGGUUUUCCUUUUUCUUUUCCCCCCCAUUGGCCACUCGUUCGUUUGGUGUCUAUGUCGGUCACGGUCACAGUCGCGUCACUUGCUCUACAUCGAUUGGUUUUUCUUUUCUUAGGCUGGUUGCUUUUUCACGAUCACACUCUUCCUCACUAGCGAGUACCACCAUAAGGCGUGGACUCCUCGUGCUGGCUGUUAUGUCUGGUGUUGGUACGUACAUGCCUCAGGGGAUGGAGCCCAAAUGGGUACCACGGACACUUCUCAAGUACUGUAAGUUGCUCCAUCCAGCACUCCGUGUUUUGACUUUGAGAUAUUAUCUGGUUGACGGGCCAUAA